AAUAUUUGUGAUAAUGGUCUCUUUGACACGCUCUGAGUCUGAAGUUUUAUGACAGUUUCCAUUAGAGUUAAAUGUCAUUAAGUGUUGUCAAGUUAUGACAUUUCCAGUGCCAACGUCGUCAUUAUUAUAGUGAUUAGUCAUCGUGUUGGUGCGGACUCCUAAGUUCUUCUAAUUUCUUGCAUUAUUGUAAUUCACGUAUCUUAUGAAAAUAAAACUAUUCUUAAUUGAAAAGAAGUAAGUUCAUUCAAUUUUUAUCCCGUGGAAAUAAUUCACAUAACUGAUUGAGUGAAACCGUUAAAAACAAAUAUGAUAGAAUUUAUAAUCUAUUUUAUUGUUAUAUGCAUGAUUGCCUUCAAGUUAUACCAAAAGAUGAGUCACACAUCGUUCGCUUCAACGGUUAGAAUACCAAACAAAGUGGUUAUUGUAACCGGUUCUAACACCGGUAUCGGCUUCGAAACCGCCAGGGAGUUGUCUAAGCGUGGUGCAAGAGUUAUUCUAGCCUGCAGAGACUUACAAAGAGCACAAAAUGCGGCAUCAAAGAUCCAAUCAGAGACCGGUAACGAUGUUAUAGUCAAACGCUUAGACUUAGCAUCAUUUAAGUCUAUCCAUUCGUUUGCUGAAGACAUCAAAGCAAACGAAUCCGUUAUAAACAUUUUAAUCAAUAACGCUGGAACGGGAGUUUUAGAUAAUGCUCUGACUGAAGAUAACUUGCCAAUAGAAGCACAAGUCAAUCACUUCGGUCCAUUCUUACUCACGAUGCUGUUAUUGCCAUUGAUGAAAGAUUUGCCCGAAACAUCACGAAUAAUCAACGUAUCAUCCGUUAUGCACAAAUUUGGCAAUGUAGAGAAUCUGAAUAAACAAGCUGACAGCUUUUUGGGUUGGAGAAGAGUUUAUUCUAACACAAAACUAGCAAAUGUACUGUUUACGAAGAAAUUGGCUGAAGUAGUGAAGAAGAACAAUGUAACAGCGAACUGCUUACAUCCAGGGGCUGUGAGCACCGACAUCUUUCGCAAUCAACCAAGGAUAGUUAAAUUCCUGUUGAAAUGUUUAUUUCUGACGCCGGUUGAGGGGGCACAGACUUCGAUAUAUUUGGCGCUAGCAGAGCAUCUAGACAACGUCUCCGGGAAAUACUUCAGCAAUUGUGCUGAAGAGACGCCUUCUAAAAAAGCUAUGGACCGUGAAGCUGCGGAUAAAUUGUGGGAUUUAUCUUUGAAAGUCUGUUUUGGAAAAGAGGGACAGUAGUUUUUCCUCCAGUUGUUUCCAUUUAGAUAUAAGAAUGUUAUGUUAACAAUGCCAUUGAUUAUUGAAAUAAUAAAAACAAUAACCUAUAAGAAAAAAA